AUUUCAAUGGGGCAGAUGCUACAAGAUUUUGGAAAAUUUCUGGGCAUGUUUCUUCUUGUCUUGUUCUCUUUCACAAUUGGAUUGACACAACUUUAUGAUAAAGGAUUUACUGUAAAUGAAGAGAAGGACUGUGCGGGGAUUUUCUGCGAGCAGCAGAGCAAUGACACAUUCCAUUCGUUUAUUGGCACAUGUUUUGCUCUGUUCUGGUAUAUAUUCUCCCUGGCGCACGUAGCGAUCUUUGUCACGCGUUUUAGCUAUGGUGAAGAAUUGCAGUCUUUUGUGGGUGCUGUUAUUGUUGGUACCUACAAUGUGGUGGUUGUGAUCGUAUUAACAAAACUCCUUGUGGCAAUGCUUCAUAAAAGUUUUCAGCUGAUAGCAAAUCAUGAAGAUAAGGAAUGGAAGUUUGCUCGUGCCAAGCUUUGGCUUAGCUACUUUGAUGACAAAUGCACGCUACCUCCACCUUUCAAUGUUAUUCCCUCUCCCAAGACUAUCUGUUAUCUUUUCAACAGUCUCAGUAAAUGGAUUUGCUCUCAUACAUCAAGUGGCAAAGUGAAACGUCAGAACAGCCUAAAGGAAUGGAGAAAUCUGAAGCAAAAAAGAGAUGAGAAUUAUCAAAAGGUGAUGUGUUGCUUAGUCCACCGUUACUUGACUUCCAUGAGACAGAAGAUGCAAAGCACAGAUCAGGCAACUGUGGAAAACCUAAAUGAGCUGCGGCAAGACUUGUCAAAAUUCCGAAAUGAAAUGAGGGACCUGCUUGGCUUUCGAACUUCUAAAUAUGCUAUGUUUUAUCCAAGAAACUAAGGCCUAACUUUUAAACAGAAGUGUGUGCUGUUAGAUACCUGUGGGUGAAAGUGUUGACCUAAUUCUGAUGCCAGACCAAAUAGAAAACAAGAUUAUUGCACAAUAAUACAUUUGAAAAUGCAUUUGCAUGAGUUGCAGCUAGAUGGUGGACAUAAAUGCAAAUCCAGAUCUAGUAAUUUUCUCAAGCUCUUAAUCUUGGUGUGUAUAUAAAUUUGUAUAUAGGAAUUUUUUAAUGUUUCUCAGACCGUGGCUGUCAGGUGUCAGAGCUUCGUAACUAGCACAAUGUGUUUAUUUCUUCUAUUUUUGCUGUUUGUUCCUUUUGAUACUUGUUUUCCAAGCUGUGGGAGAAGAUAGGCUUUUUAAAAAAAAAUCCAGCCUAUGUUUAUUUUUAAUAGAAAAGUGAUAUAUAGAAUAAUAGACAAUUUCCAGCACAGCUGGAAAUUAUGUUUGACU